UUUUUCUUCGUCACUUGUUACGUUUUCGUCGAUUUUUGGCUCGGCGCUGGGAUGACGAGCUGGUAAAGUGGAAUUGGGGUUAGGUACUGUAAUGGAGGUUGGAAGGUACUGGGAAUCCAUAGCUUUGUUGCAAUUUACGAUACACGCUUUAUGAGAAUUGGUUUCUUUGAAUACUCCACUGGUGUCUUGAUGAGGCUCAAAGUCACAACACCCACACAAGUUCCCAAACCACGGCUGCAGGCGGAGCCCGCCAGUCGCCGAGCCAUGCUGGAGAAAAUGGGGUGGGUGAGGCUAAACAGGGGAACGUGGCUUAAAGCAGCAGCGCGCGGUGCAAGUGGCGGCAGGGAGGCAAGGGCUGCAAAACAAUUGGCCAACCAAACGCGCAUGAUGCGGCGGGGGCAGUGCUUGGACGAGGCGAUCGCUAUUGGUCCAUAUGGUGACACAGCGCUUCCCGGAGGCACCCCCCUUUUCGUCCAACUUCAGACACACUUCACGACAUGCCCAACACGCAUCACUCGACACCUCACACCUCACGCAUCACGCAUCACUCGACAGCUCACGCCCCAAUGGCAAGAAAUGGAAAAACGCUACUGUGCACUAGCGCUGUUGACAUCUCAUCCUUGUCAAGGAUCUCCAUGUUCCUGGGAGAAGCAUCUCGCCAUGAUGACGCGAGGCCUGGGCCUUGGAGGAAUGCCGCAGAUGAGAAGCACCAUCAAUGGAGCCUCUCCUCUGCGUCGGUCCCCUUCUCCACCGCUCAUGCUCGUCUCUCCCUAAAAUUUCUGGCCGCUCUUUUUACCCGGCUGGCCCAAGCCUCCUCCAGUGUUUGGACGCCAGCUUCCAGCAAUGGUCAACUCUGCCGACCUCGACCUGUUUUGCCGCUUGAGGUCCCUCCGAUCACGAAUCUCCAAUCAAGUACACUCCCACAUUUCCACGCCGCGCAUGACCCGUACGUCAAUGGACUUUGAAAAGCGAUCUGGGUAUUGUCCGUCUUGGCUCUCCCCUUCCCUUUUUCUCUGGAAACUUUGCCGUGGCAUUACAGAAAUCUCCAUGGCCAAUCAUUCCGGCCUACGCCCUACACCGGACAAUCUGAUCUCGAGACACUGCGUCUAGCGGGACACUCUUCUCUCCCGCACAAAUACCAGCUACAACACUUGUG